AAAAAAAGCAUGGAGUAAGUUGCAGUAGUUCUUAUUAAAACAUAAAACAUUAUUUAUGUAAGAUACACAUUAGUUGCUUACGAUUUAAAUUUCAUUUACUGAAAGUAAGUGAACUUUUGACGUCAAAAGUUUCAGAUCUAAAAGCACCCCACUUUAUUCAACACCCUGCGCAGGCGAAAUAAACAAGUCAAGUCGGCAUAGAAUUUUGGAAAAGUAAUAUUUAAAAUAGAAAUACCAAUUAAUUUAGUUCCGACAUGGGCGAUGCUGACAGAGCAAUGAACGAUCCUGAAGUCGCCAAAACGGUGGCCGGAAUCCAGGUGAUUCCCGCCGAGGAUGUCGCCUCCAUCGAGGAGGUAAUUACAAUUGAUCCAGAGUGCUACGAACUGGAUCUGAAUCAUCGCCGGAUCGAGAAAUUGGAGAAUUUCGAGCCCCUGACGCAGAUCGAACGCCUGUUCCUGCGUUGGAAUCUGAUCAAGAAGAUCGAGAACUUGUCCACUUUGAAGACCCUGAUCGAACUGGAGCUCUACGAUAAUCAGAUCACAAAAAUCGAGAAUCUGGACGACUUGACCAAUCUGGAGGUGCUGGACAUCAGCUUCAAUCGUCUUACCCAGAUCGAAAACCUGGACAAGCUGGUUAAGCUGGAGAAAGUUUACUUUGUGUCGAAUCGGAUCACCCAAAUCGAGAACCUACAAAUGCUCACCAAUCUCACUAUGUUGGAGUUGGGUGACAACAAACUAAAGAAGAUCGAAAAUAUCGAAAUGCUGGUGAAUCUGCGACAGCUCUUUUUGGGCAAAAACAAGAUAGCCAAGAUUGAGAAUCUGGACACAUUGGUCAAUCUGGAGAUCCUCAGUCUGCAGGCCAAUCGUAUUGUAAAAAUUGAAAAUCUUGAGAAGUUGUCUAGUCUCCGCGAACUCUACAUAUCGGAAAAUGGAGUGGAAACCAUUGAAAACCUCUCCGAGAACAAGAAUCUGGAGACCCUGGACUUGGCCAAAAACCGAUUGAAAGGCAUUGGCAACCUGGAGAGCUUGGAACUCCUGGAGGAACUCUGGCUAAACCACAACGGGGUGGACGACUGGAAGAACAUAGAGCUGCUAAAGGUAAACAAGGCCCUGCAGACCAUCUACCUGGAGUACAAUCCGGUGGCCAAAGACGUCCGCUACCGCUCCAAACUGCGUGACAUUCUGCCGCAGUUGCAGAAGAUCGACGCCACCCUGUGCAAGGCGCCCGGAUCCUAGAUGGAGCCGUUGUAAUCCUCUUGAAAGACUAAUCCAUUUGUAUUGAUUAACUUUGAAAAAAUGCGUUUAAAAUAUACAUAAAAUUAAUCAUUACCAAGGCUUAUAUUUAGUCCACAAUCCA